AUGUCUUUGUUCAUCCUUACUGAGACCAGCGCCGGUUACGCUCUGCUGAAGGCGAAAGAUAAGAAGCUUUUCAAGCGUGAACAACUCCCUGAGAAUGCCAACACUGCCGAGGGAGUCUUGGAUCUCUUCAAGCUGAAGAAAUUCACCAAGUUCGAUAGUGCCGCCGCUGCUGUCGAGGAAGCUACUUCUUUGGUUGAGAGCAAGGUCACUCCUCGCCUUGCCUCUCUCUUGGAUGUGCUCAAGGACGAAAAGAAGGCUUCGCUUGCCGUUGCCGAUCCUAAGCUUGCAAACGCCAUUGGCAAGCUGCCCGGUCUUUCUCUCCAACUGAUUGCUGACACCACCACGGCCGAUGCCUUCCGUGCCAUUCGUGAGAACUUGACUGCUCUCAUCCCCACUCUGGGCCCUAAUGGCCUGUCCACCAUGGCCCUGGGUCUUUCUCACUCGCUUGCCCGCCACAAGCUCAAGUUCUCAACUGAUAAGAUCGAUACCAUGGUUGUUCAGGCCAUUGGCCUGUUGGACGACCUUGACAAGGAACUCAAUAUCUAUGCUAUGCGUGUGAAGGAGUGGUACGGAUGGCACUUCCCCGAGCUCGCCAAGAUUCUUAAUGACAACAUUGCCUACUCCCGGCUCGUUGUGCAGAAGGGCUUGCGUUCCAGCAUCACCAAGGAUGCUGAUCUGUCCGACAUCCUUCCCGAUGAGCUUUCGAAUGUCGUGAAGGAGGCUGCCGCCCACUCCAUGGGUACAGAGAUCCAAAAUGAGGAUCUGGAGACCAUCCAGGCUCUCGCUGACGAAGUCAUCAACCUGCAUGACUAUCGCCGCCAGCUUGGCGAGUACCUGACUGCUCGUAUGCAAGCCAUUGCCCCCAACCUGACUGCUCUUGUCGGUGACCUUGUUGGUGCCCGCCUCAUUGCCCACGCUGGCAGCUUGAACAGCCUUGCCAAGAGCCCCGCUAGUACUCUGCAGAUUCUCGGUGCUGAGAAGGCCCUCUUCCGCGCCCUUAAGACUAAGCACGACACUCCCAAGUAUGGUCUCAUCUACCAUGCGUCUUUGAUUGGUCAGGCCACCGGCCGCAACAAGGGCAAGAUGGCCCGUAUUCUGGCUGCCAAGGCCUCUCUCGGUAUCCGUGUUGAUGCCCUAAGCGAGUGGAGUGACGAGGUCUCCGAGGAACAAAAGGCUGCUAUGGGUACUGAAGCCCGUUUCAACCUAGAGCGCAAGCUUGCCGGUAUGGAAGGCAAGCCCAUGCAGACUCGCGGUGUCACCAUUGCACCCAACGGAGAAGUCAGCCAGCCCAAGCAGUUCGCUAUUCGUGAGGCCCGCAAAUACAAUGCCGAUGCUGAUGCCGUCGAUGAGGAUGAGCCCUCCCCUGCCAAGAAGUCCAAGAAGUCCAAGCUCGUGCAGGAGGUUGACGAAGAUGAAGAGAUGGAUGAUGCCAGCUCUUCCGAAGAAUCAGAAGUGCAAACCUCCUCAGAACUGGAGAAGAUGGCUGCCAAGUGCGGUCUCAGUGUCAAGCGUUACGAGCGCAAGUUGGAACGUGGUGAAAUCACCUUUGACUCCAACGGUAACCCCUCUGCUGUGAGCAAGAAGGAUGUUAAGAAGUCCAAGAAGGCCGAGAAAAAGGCUGAAAAGGAGGAUGGAAAGAAGCGAAAGCGCUCUGACGAGGGCGAGUCGAAGAAGAAGUCUAAGAAGAGCAAGAGCAAGGGCAGCGACAGCGACUAA